AUGGGCGAACGAGGACCUGAUCAAUGGUUGGAACAAAUCAAGAAAUGUAUUGCAUUACUGGAAUCGGAUAUGAAACAGCUCUGUGAAUUAGUCAAAGAACUAUUGAUGGAAGAAAGCAACAUUCAACCUGUUCAAUCGCCAGUGACUGUAUGUGGAGACAUCCACGGUCAAUUCCAUGAUCUUUUGGAAUUGUUUAGAAUAUCUGGUGGGUUACCACUGGAAGACAAUAAUACUUGCUAUAUUUUUUUAGGAGAUUAUGUUGAUAGGGGCUAUUUUUCAUUAGAAACACUUACAUUACUCAUGGUACUUAAAGUCAAGUAUCCUCAUAGAAUCACUUUGGUUAGAGGGAAUCACGAGUCUCGACAAAUUACUCAAGUUUAUGGCUUCUACGAAGAAUGUCUUACGAAAUAUGGCUCAACCACCGUAUGGAAAUAUUGUUGUCAAGUAUUUGAUUUUUUAACAUUGGCAGCCAUUAUAGACGGUAAGAUACUUUGUGUUCAUGGAGGAUUAUCUCCUGAAAUUAGAAUGUUAGAUCAAAUACGAGUUCUUUCCAGAGCUCAAGAAGUACCUCAUGAAGGUGGAUUCUGUGACUUGGUAUGGUCAGAUCCGGAUAACGUUGAUACGUGGGCCGUAUCUCCAAGAGGUGCGGGUUGGUUGUUUGGAGCCAAAGUUAGUAGAGAAUUCAAUCACAUAAAUAAUUUGAGUCUUAUAGCCAGAGCUCAUCAAUUGGUAAUGGAAGGGUUUAGGUAUCAUUUCAAGAACAAAGAUGUGGUCACAGUGUGGAGUGCACCAAACUACUGUUAUAGAUGUGGGAACGUUGCCAGUGUGAUGCAAGUUGAUGAAGAUUUAGAUCCAACUUUUAAGAUCUUUAGCGCUGUCCAAGAUGGUGAUUUGGUUGCAAAGAACAACACAGCCAAACAACAAAGAAGUGAUUACUUUUUAUAG